CGCCGAAGCGCAGCGUAGUGGUCGGAGUGGGUCGGGCGCGUGAUAAUGACGUAAGCUACCUGCCAGCUCUGAGAGUGGGGCGCGUCCCGGAGUUGAGUUCCAGCGAGAUAACGUGUAGGAAUGGCUGCUGUUUAUUCUGGCAUUUCCUUUAAGCUCAAAAGCAAGACAACUUCCUGGGAAGAUAAACUAAAAUUAGCUCACUUUGCAUGGAUUUCCCACCAGUGUUUUCUUCCAAAUAAAGAACAAGUUUUACUUGAUUGGGCAAGACAGUCAUUGGUUGCAUUUUAUAAGAAAAAACUUGAGCUGAAGGAAGAUAUUGUCGAAAGGCUUUGGGUGUAUAUUGAUGACAUUCUUCAUAGCAGAAAAUUACAAAAUCUCCUGAAGAAUGGAAAGACAGUUAAUCUUCAAAUUUCCCUCAUCAAGAUCAUAAACGAGAGAAUAGCUGAGUUCUCUCUUUCGGGAUGCCAAAGAAACAUCUGUGCUGUCCUGCGUUGCUGUCAGGGCAUCUUCUCAACGCCUGCCCUUGCUGUCAUCUACACAGCCAAACAGGAGUUGAUGGUGUCCUUGCUGAGCCAGCUCUGCUGGUCAGCCUGCAGGCAGCCAGAAGGAGCCGUGACAGCCCAGCUAUUCGAGGUCAUUCACCUGGCUCUUGGCCAUUACCUCUUGCUCCAGCAGCAGCAGGCCAACCCUAGACGUGUCUUUGGGGAUGUGACUGGGCACCUGCUCCAGCCCUGCCUGAUCCUGCGGCAUUUGCUUUCUGGAGGUACGUGGACACAGGCUGGCCCAGGCCAACUGCGGCAGCUGCUGAGCCGGGAUGUCAGAAGUCAGAUUGAGACCCUUCUUCAAGGUGGAGUUUUUCAGCCGGAUCUGCUCUCAUCCUACAAAGAGGAGCUCUUGGAUCAGCAGCAAGACGACAUGAAAAUGGGAACCCUGAAGGGUCUUCUUGCUCCAGUAGACACUGUGAUUGCUAGGCUGGUGGAUGCUGGCUACUGUGAACCAGAUCUUCAUGCUUCUGUUGUGGCCAGCUCUGUGGCCUUGCUGUACAGGCUCUUUUUGGAUUCUUACCUUAAGGAGGGAAACCAGUUUCUCUGCUUCCAGGCUCUCCCCAGGCUGUUUGGCUGCUUGCGACUCUCACGCCUGCAGGAGGGACAGACGGAAGCCCUGUCUACAUCAGACUGGACUACAGAGCUUCUGGCUGUGGAGCAGCUGCUAAACUCAGUGGCCACCAACAACAUCUACAAUGUAGCCGCCGACAGGAUCCGGCAUGGGGAGGUGCAGUUCCACUUCUACCGCCGUGUGGCUGAGCUGCUCAUAAACCAUUCACAAGCACCUGUGCCAGCCUGGUUCCGCUGCCUCAGGAUUUUGAUGUCUCUGAAUCAUUUGAUUUUAGAGCCAGACCUGGAUGAACUGUUGUCUUCAGCUUGGAUUGAUGCUGAAGUAACAGAGCUCCGAACCAAAAAAGCCCAGGAGGUUCUUAUUCACACCCUUUUCCAGACAUAUGCCAAGCUUCGUCAGGUGCCACGGUUGUUUGAGGAGGUUUUGGGGGUGAUCUGCCGUCCAGCUGCUGAGGCACUGAGGCAACCUGUGCUGUCCUCAGGCCCUUCCACAGCACUCUGUGCAUGCCUCCUAGAGCUGCCACCAAGUCAGAUCCUGGACACAUGGUCCCUUGUGCUGGAGAGGUUCCAGGAUUUGGUCCUCCCCUAUUUGCAGAGUGAUGCCGACAUGGCCCUGAAGGCCCUGUCUCUGAGCUCAUUGCUGCACUGCGUCAUGUUCAACAUGCAGAGCCUGGACAGCAGCAUGCCCCUGCCAGUCAUCAGACGGACACAGUGCACAAUGGAGAGGAUGCUGGGAGAGCUCCUGAAGCCACUGCUGGCCCUUCUCCUGGAUCCCCCAGAUGCAGAGCCUGAGCUGUGGCAACAGAAGGUGAGUGACGCCACGUGCCUGCUGUCUUACACCUGGGCUCAGGUGGAUACCACCCUCAGUUUGAACUGUAGCCAGUAUCACUCUGUGGCUGGUCCCCUGACUGGGGAUGCUGUGGACAUCUCGAAUCUCCCCUUGUUGAUCCCAGGUGUGGAAGCACAGCUCUGGAGGAAGGUAGAGAAGAUUACAGCACAGUCCAGCUCUCUUGGUAGGUAUUGCUUAGAACAGCUCUACCUGCAGAAAAUGAAACGGACUUUAAUGCAGACUGGUUCCAGUUCUGAAGAAGCCCUCCAAACUCUGCAGCAUGAUGCUUCCUACAUUCUUGGUUCUGGCAGAGACAGCUUGACUCAAGGGACAGUGGCUUCCUGGGAUGGGCAGAUAGGGACCGUGAGUGAGCCCACAUACCCCGUAGCACACUGGCACUUGAUUGUGUCAAACCUCACAGUUUUAAUUCCCUACCUUUGUCCAGAUGACGUGAGAUACCUGGCCAGUGUUCUUUUAAGAACUUUACCAAUGAGCAAAGCCCAGGAAGGCUCAGCAGAUGAAGACCCGUUUAUCACCCUUGGGAAAGUAUCCACAGCCCUCCUUCACAGCCCUGUCUUUCCAGAGAUUCAGUCUCUCCAUUCUGCCUUCCUGAUGUGCAUUAUUGUCAGAUGUUCCAGCAUUCUCUGCUCUGGUGCCCAUGAUGACCUGGGUCUUCUUAGACAGCAGCUGCCCUGGCUUUUUGAAAAGGACCACCACAAGGUUGUGGCUCAUUGGGAAAACAGGUUUGCAAAAGCCGGACCUGAUGGUGUAGAACGAAGAGAAGUUGCCCAGAACUUACUAUCCCUGGUCAAGAGGGACUUCCCUAUCCAUCUGGAGGAAGAGCAAAUAGCAGACCUCUCAGAGCUCUUGGAAGUUGUCUCCACCCUACACCUGGACAGCCUCUCACCUCCCUAUCAUGUGCGUUAUUUUCUUCUGUUACUGUCCAUGGGUGUCGCCACACUGAGAUGUUCUCAAUUGUCCUCUUUGGCCCUGCAGUUCUUGGUGACUUGCUAUCAGCUUCUUGGUGCCCUGCAGAGAGGAAAGAGUGCCCGGUCUGUGUUCAAGGUCAUGUAUGUCAGUGAUAUUUUUGAGAUCGUGCUGACUUCAUUGUUGCAAGCCAGUCAUGUGUUCUUUGUUGAGGGUGAUAACCCCUCUUGGCUGCAGCUCCUCCAAGUGGUGGGGACAUUCUUGGAGCAGCUAAUGCAGAUGGUCAUCCAGCUGAAGCUGAGCGUGGUGCUUAAUUUUGGGAAAAUCCUCACAUUCCUCUCAAGGUGCAAAUUGUACACUGAGUCAGCUUCCAGCAAACAGUUGAAAAUCCAGAGCCUUCUGGGCAGCCAGCUUCUUCUGGUAUCUCUAACCAAGUUGUGCCAAGUCCUAGGAUCUUUCGUAAAAGAGCAGAGACAGCCCCAGGAGACCCCCUUCGUACUUCCCGAGCUGCUGCAGCAGGCUGUGCUACAAACAGGUGCUCUCUGCUCAGCCGUUGGCGCCAGGGGCCACCAUCUCCCCUCAGCUUUCCUCUCAGCCAUUGCCACACUCUUGGAAGUGGACCUGAGCCAGCACCACAGAGACAGAGCGCCCGAGAUUGCCCAGGUGGCAGACAGAGCACUGCCCUCCCAUGCUGCCCUCUACCGGGACGUUUACACUCAGCUGCUGUCAGAGCUGCCAGCCCUCGUGGGGAACAUUCCAUCCUUCCAGGCAGCCUUGCGGUUUCUAACUCUGUUCUUUUUGGCCCCAGAACUUCAUCCCAAGGAGGGCUCCAUUUUUGCCUCCAUGUUUCAUGCUGUGAAAAAAGUUCUUGCAGAUCUGGAUACUUCUGCUCAGGUCACUCAAGAUGUUGAGCCUCUCUUGGGAGCCCUGUUCACCCAGAUGUUGGAGGCUGGGACAAUGGAGGACUUUGGGCUGGUGAUGUGGUCUGUUCUCCAGGGGCUGGAUGUCAAUUACACGUGGAGGGCUGACUUACAGGCUGUUUUGUGCGCUAUCAGAUUGCUCAAGCUGCUGCUGAGCUGCCCACUCAGUGGAGAGAAGGCCGGUCUGCUGUGGCGUGCAUGUCCUCAGAUCAUCACAGCUCUGACGCUGCAACACCGAGAGGCCUGUCAGGAGCAGCCUGUGGCCGUGGCUGUGGUUGGGCCUAUUCUAGAUGUUCUGGCUGCCCUGCUGCGGCAGGGAGAGGAGGCCAUCAGCAACCCCCACCAUGUCAGCCUGGCCUUCAGCAUCCUGCUGACAGUUCCUUUGGACCAUUUGAAGCCAGCAGAAUACAAGAGCAUUUUCCUCAGGAUGCACAGCGUGCUCUUCUCCAUCCUGCAGUGCCACCCUAAGGUGAUGCUGAAGGCCGUCCCAUCUUUCUUGAACUCAUUUCACAAGCUGGUGGUUUCAGUUAUGCAUGAAGGGCGUCAGAAAGACAAAGGAAACUCGGAUGACCUGCCAGUGAUCCUCGAGUGUGCGCGCCUGGUGGAGAGGAUGUAUAGCCACAUUGCCACACGAGCUGAGGAGUUCACUGUGUUUUCCCCCUUCCUCGUGGCCCAGUAUGUGACAGAGGUGCAGAAGGUGACCUUGUACCCACCCGUGAAGACCCUGCUGCAGGAGGGCAUUUAUCUCAUCCUUGACCUUUGUACUGAGCCCAAUGUCCAGUUCCUGCGGGUCUCACUGCAGCCUGGAGCACGAGACAUCUUUAAGGAGCUGUACAGCGACUACCUCAAGUACCACAAGGCUAAGCAGGAAGGAGAGAAAAGAUACACCGCCUAGGCCCAGCUGUAGGUGCACGGCAUCAGCAGCACCUUGAGGAGGCUGUGGCCUAUGGUCCAGAGCCUGGGAAGAGAGACUUCAGGUGUUCUUGCACAGUGUGGACACCUGUGGGAAGCCUUUAGGGCUAUGUAAUGUUUUCUUACUGAGUGAUUUCUUAAUAUGUCUUUUUGCAAUCACUUUUUCUUGUUUUUUUGCAUUGAGUACUGAGCCCAGGGCCUCAUGCACAUGAAUUAUGCACUUGUACCAGCCAGGAAACUACACGCCAACCCAGAACAUCAGUACUUUUUUUUUCUUCUUAGUAUUUUGAGACGGGGGUCUCACCGUGUAGCUCAGGAUGACCUUGAAAUUGGGAUCCUCCUGUGUCAACCUGAGUGUGAGCAAUAGCAUCUUUUCUUAAGUAAGUGUUGCUUUAGAAUCCUGGAAAUAGUUCCUGGAACAAGAUUAAUUUGGUGGGAAAAUGACUGACACCUGUGACAUGUUCCUUCUGACCCUAGUCAGAAGUAGACUUUGGUACUUUGCUCCCAGCACAUGUCUGUAAUUAAAUCCUGCUUAAUAGCUCUGCCCUUUAAGUUCUUCAGGCCUCACAGGAGGCAUUCUCGAACUGCCGCUUUUGUACCUUCUCUCUGAGAAUCCUUAUGGCACUGGGGUGCAUUAGCUGAGGGCAGGGCAACACAUCUGUCAGGCAGAUAGAUGGUCUGAGCAAAGGUGCCAGGACUCCUGCCUGUUCUUCCUGCUUCAGUAUGAAGUUCAUUUUGCAGUUUUUUUUUUCUAUCUGGUUUAAGAAAUAAUGUUUUUAUUACCUGAACAGUGUGUUUUCAUUGUACCAACCUGAGAACAUAAAAAUAGAAGGAAAAAUAUUUAAAAACUUACUCAUGGCAUCAGAUACUCGAAUAACCUCUGUCAUCACCAGGAGUGUCUUGUUUUAGUUCUCGUACUAUGAGUAUGUACAGAUGUACAGGUAUAUAUAAAUAUAUAACAGUUAAGUUGGUCAAAAUGCUUUUUCCUAUGUAAUAUUUCAGAGAUGUCUUUGGGUCAAUAAAAAUACUUGAUAUAUUUUUUAAUGCUGCAUAGUAGUCCACUGAGUAGACAUAGCUGUUUGAGUGAAGAAAUCCCC